AUGGCCAACCUGGCGUGGGUAUGGCUGCUCUUGAUCUCGGUGUCCCAGGUGGCUCAAAGCGCGUCAGGCCGAACUGUAUGGAGAACGCCUAGCGGAAACAAUAAAGACUUCGUUACUACGUAUUAUAUUGGGUCUACGUUAACCAUUGACUGGUCUGGUUGGGAUCCUUCUGUCUUGGAUCGCGAUAUGAAUGGCACGAGUGAAGCCGAUCUCUGGGUGAAUGCAUGGAACACCGAUUUCUCUACGUGGUCCAAAAAGAUUUCAACUAGCACAAUAGACGUUUCGUACUCAGGAACUUUUAAUUGGAAAGUCGCCAUUGAUGAGGAAGCGCUAUCCGACACCAACGAGUACGGGUUCACUUUUAAACCAACCGGGGAAAGCUUUGCUCCCACUGAACCUCGUUUAUACUCUCCGGGAUUCCACGUGAUGCCCAAUAAGACAACAUCCACAUCUACCUCGGCGACCUCAUCUAUCCUGACGUCCUCAUCUACCCCGACAACUACUCCAAGCUCAGAAGCGGCAUCGUCUGAUACGAGCGGGCUCUCAACUGGCGCGAAAGCAGGAAUCGGCGUCGGUGUGAGCGUGGCCGGACUGGCGGUGCUGUCUGCGUUGGGGUUCCUCCUUUUCCGACGGCGACAACGAUCAUCACCGCAAGAGAUGACUGGAAGUCGGGAUCAAGCACCGGACGGCAGCUCCUACAUGAAGGCUAAACCAGCGCCGCAGGAGCUUUUUACGCCACCGUCUGAGUUAGAAUCGACGACCAGCAUCCGAAGGGACAUGAUGUGA